AAUGGGUAAACAUAAAAGUAGAAGCAGAUCAAGAUCACAUGAAAAAAAGAAACAUAAAAUAGAGAAAUAAAAAUAAAAAGAUAGUGGAAUUGAAUCUAAAGAUUGGAGAAAAGAUAAAAUAGAUAUAGGAUAAAAAUCUGUAUAAGCAGGAUUAGAUGUUUUAGAAAUUAUAAAAAAAGAAAGAUAAGAAGAUGAAGAAAAAUUAGAGUAAUGGAAAAAGAAGGUUGGAUACACUGGAUUAAAAGUCAAAGCUCCAUUAAAUAUUUAUGAAGAAGUAUAAAAAUUCAAUUAAUAAAUUUUUAGAUCAUGAAAAAGAAUAUUGUAGCUCCUGUUAAACCUAUUAAUCCUUCUUUAUUAAAUAAUCCAUAGGCACCUAGAAUGAUUGAAAUUUUAGUCAAUGAUAGAUUAGGCAAAAAAGAAAGAAUUAAGUGUUGUCCCCAAGAUAAGAUAGGAGAUCUUAAAAAAUUGAUUGCUGCCAAAAUAGGUGUUAGACCUGAAAAGAUCAGACUUUAGAAAUAACAUAGUGUUUUUAAGGAUCAUAUAACUUUAGAGGAUUAUGAAAUAAAACAUGAAAUGUGCUUGGAAAUGUAUUAUAAUUGA